UUUAUAUCCUUAAUUCAUAGGUAAAUGAAAGUGCUCGUAAUGAAGACCUCAAAUAUAGUUUUUGUUAUUAUUGUAAAACAGUUUCCACGUUACUCAUGAAAAAUAGACCGUAAGAGAACUAAAACUUGAAACGCGCGCGGUCUCGAUCCCAUAGGAAUAUCGGAAUAAGUGUAUGGGGUCUGCGUUAUUACGUAUAUAACAUUUAAUUUUGACAAAAUCUUGAGGAGUUCAGUAGUUUUUGGAUUUAUUCAAUACAAACAAAAAUACAAAUAUUUUCUCUUUCUAAUAUUAGUAUUAUAGCACAGAUUACAUAUAUAGGUACGUUCAGUAUAUACUAUACAUAUUUAGUAUGGAUUUGGUGAACAUUUUCUAGGUUUCUAUGUGGUACCUAGCGUAGCGUAGGUAUUAUCAAAGGCUUAUCCAUUCUAGACCUUGGAGAUCGCUGAGGCUUUGUCGUCGUUUAGACUGAUUAUGUAAUAGGAGGCGUGGUGGUUGUGUGUGACGCAGGCGCGGUGGAGCAGGGCGGAGGGACGAGGGCGCGUCAGUCGGCGCUCGGCGACUGGAGGUGCUUCGCGCUUAGCGCCGCGCUCCAUACCGCCGGAGCGUGGCUCGGGGCGUGGCGGUUACAUAAACACGCGUGGCACACAGCAUCUGCAGGCGGCGCGGAGCCGCGCUACCGUCCGUCCGAGAACGACCCCAUGUCGGCCCGCGCCGCCACCUGAGUUUAUGAGGAUAGCUGUACGGACGCCGCCGCGCCGCCGCCGUCGUUGCCACCACAGCCGUAUAUCGCGCUUAUAGCAUCAAGCGAGGAGAUGCAGGCGCACAUGGCGCUCAUGGUGUUCGCAGUGCUGGGCGCUCUGGCGACAGCGAUGGCGGCGGCGGAGCGUGGCGGAGGCAUCAAGGUUGGCGGCGGGGCGGCGGGUGGCGGCGCACGCGAUGGAGCACGCGGUGGCGGCGUGCGAAUCGGCGGAGACGGCUUGCGGCGCCCGCGUACCUCGCCCGCCCCACCUCCGCCCCGCUCGCCCUCCGUCAUCACCGCCGCGCUCGUGGUGCCUCACAAGGCUUUCGGCACGCGGGACUACAUUAAGGCCGAGAAAGCGGCACUGCAAAAAUUGCCACGCAAACUUAAACUCUUCUCACAAGUGCGCCUAAAUAACACAUUGUCGACUCAAGGCUUAACGCCGAGUCCUAUGUCUAUCUUGGACUCAUUAUGUAAAGAAUUUCUGGCAGUCAACGUGUCUGCUAUCCUUUAUCUUAUGAAUCAUGAACAAUACGGGCGAUCUACUGCCUCUGCACAGUAUUUUCUACAACUUGCCGGAUAUCUCGGCAUACCGGUUAUUGCAUGGAACGCUGAUAACAGUGGGUUAGAGAAGCGAGCUUCUCACGCGUCGUUGCGGCUGCAGCUUGCUCCGUCCAUAGAGCACCAAACAGCAGCCAUGUUAUCUAUAUUGGAGCGAUAUAAAUGGCACCAGUUUAGCGUAGUGACUUCGGCUAUUGCCGGUCACGAUGAUUUCAUUCAGGCCGUGCGGGAACGAGUCACUGCAUUGCAAGAUCGUUUUAAAUUCACUAUACUGAACGCGGUGGUUGUGAAGAGGCCAUCGGAUUUGAACGAGCUGGUGACAAGCGAGGCGCGCGUGAUGCUGCUGUACGCAACGCGCGAGGAGGCGGCGGACAUCUUGUCUGCCGCUGGCGAUCUGCAUCUCACUGGGGAGAACUUUGUGUGGAUUGUCACUCAGAGUGUGCUCGGCUCUAUGCAACAACUCAAUAAAUUCCCCGUUGGCAUGCUCGGUGUACAUUUCGACACUUCAAGUACGUCCCUGCUAGCUGAGAUAGCCACUGCAGUGAAAGUGUUCGCAUACGGUGUGGAGUCAUACAUAUCGGAGCCGGAGAACAUCCGGUACCCGCUGGGCACGCGGCUGUCAUGCAGCGGCGCGUCGGCCAGCGAGGCGCGUUGGUCCACCGGCGAGCGGUUCUACCGCCAUCUGCGGAACGUCAGUGUAGACGGAGAGGCCGGCAGACCCAACAUUGAAUUCACUCAAGACGGAGAGCUCAAAGCAGCCGAGCUAAAAAUUAUGAAUCUUAGGCCUGCGCUGGGAGAACAGUUGGUGUGGGAGGAAAUCGGCUCUUGGAAUUCCUAUCCCAAAGAACGGCUAGUGAUCAAGGACAUCGUGUGGCCGGGCGGGCUACACACGCCGCCCCAAGGGGUUCCCGAGAAGUUCCACAUGCGCAUCACUUUCCUGGAGGAAUCUCCUUACAUCAACUUGGCUCCGCCAGAUCCCGUGAGCGGGCGGUGCUCGCUGGACCGAGGAGUCAUUUGUCGCGUGGCCCCAGAAGUUGAUGUCUUAGGAUUGGAAGCCGGAAGUGCUCACGGUAACAGCUCCUUGUAUCAGUGCUGUAGCGGGUUCUGCAUAGAUCUGCUGCAGCAGCUUGCCGAACAGCUGGGCUUCACGUACGAGCUGGUACGCGUGGAAGACGGCCGUUGGGGCACGCUGCAACACGGCAAGUGGAACGGGCUCAUUGCUGACUUGGUCAACAAGAAAACCGAUAUGGUUUUAACGUCAUUGAUCAUAAAUUCUGAUCGGGAAGCCGUUGUUGACUUUAGUGUACCAUUCAUGGAGACAGGAAUUGCUAUUGUAGUGGCGAAACGAACGGGAAUUAUAUCUCCGACGGCGUUUCUGGAACCGUUCGACACAGCGUCCUGGAUGCUGGUCGGCGCUGUCGCGAUACAGGCAGCAACCUUCUCCAUAUUCUUCUUUGAAUGGCUGUCACCAAGUGGUUUCGAUUGCUCUACAGGACAGAAUUCGAAGAGAGUCCCACAAAAUCGCUUUUCACUAUGCCGGACCUAUUGGAUAGUAUGGGCUGUUCUCUUUCAAGCAUCGGUUCAUGUGGACUCACCACGUGGUUUCACCGCACGAUUUAUGACGAAUAUGUGGGCGAUGUUUGCCGUGGUGUUUCUGGCUAUUUACACUGCAAACCUGGCGGCUUUCAUGAUAACUCGAGAAGAAUUCCACGAACUGAGUGGGCUGAAUGACCCGCGUAUAGCGAUGCCGCAGUCACAACGACCGGGCCUCAAAUUCGGCACUGUGCCUUGGUCUCACACCGACGCAACUCUUUCCAAAUAUUUUAAAAACGCUCAAGCCUAUAGAGCGCAAUACAAUCGUAGCACUAUAAACUUGGGCGUUUCUAGUGUCCUAACCGGAGAGUUGGAUGCUUUUAUUUACGAUGGAACAGUGUUGGAUUAUUUGGUAUCCCAAGAUGAAGAUUGUCGACUUGUGACAGUGGGCUCUUGGUAUGGAAUGUCCGGAUAUGGCCUAGCGUUUACGCGAAACUCCAAAUAUCUUAGUAUGUUCAACAAAAGAUUACUUGAUUUACGAUCAAACGGAGAUCUGGAAAGGCUGCGCAGAUACUGGAUGACGGGCACUUGCAAGCCCAACAAGCAAGAGCACAAGUCAUCAGACCCGCUCGCCUUGGAGCAGUUUCUGUCAGCCUUCCUGCUGCUGAUGGCGGGCAUCUUGCUGGCGGCGUUGCUUCUGUUGCUGGAGCACGUGUACUUCCGGUACAUGCGAUCGCAUCUCGCGGAGUCCAGUGCCGGUUCGUGCUGUGCUCUUGUCUCCUUGUCUAUGGGACAAUCUUUAUCAUUCCAUGGGGCCGUGGUAGAAGCCGCGGCGCGGGGUUUCGGUUCGGGAAGCCGGGGCAACUGCCGUUCUGCUGCGUGUGCUGCCCAGGUGUGGCGGGCGCGGCACGAACGGGACGCGGCGAUGGCGCGCGCGCGGCAGCUGGCGGCGGCGCUGGCGGCGCACGGGCUGCAGCCGCCGCCGCGCCGGCUGGCGUCGGCCGCGGCGUUGCUGGCGGGCGUCGGCCCCGACCACGCGCACGACGCCACGCGUCCGCGUACGCUGCACGCGCCCGCCGAUCUCCUCCCCGACCUCGACCGCCCGCUCUCUUGUGGCGAUUUGCGUUCGAGAGAGCGGACGCGAGUGGAAAUGGAAACAGUGCUGUGAGGCGCAUAUUGCGCCACCCUUUUUCAAUUCCUGAAGGCUGUUCUUACACCAAGUUAUACAAGACGAAGUUAGUUAUACUUAAUAUUAAACUACGGACAGAUAAAAAAGCGUUGUAAUUAUUAAAUAAAUUAUUCCAAUUAUUAAAACUGAGAGCUGGAAGUAGAUAGCGAAGCGUUGUUGCGGGACGUGCGCGCAGCGCGGGCUGGGCGCCGGGCGCAGGUCCCCGUGUUGUCUACUACAAUAAAAUAUAUUUUUUUGACAAUA